AGACGAAGACGAUUCACAUCAGACCUUAAGAGGCGUGAAAUUUGAUGAAAGCGCAAAGCGAGCCCAGACUAAUAUGCGCUCAUACAAGAAAGAAAGGAACAAACACAAAAAGUGGGAACUGACAACGGAAGAGAAGAAAACUGAAAACCCAUACCAAAAUCAAUCAAAACCAUCUUAUGCAUUGACUUCCCUCCCUUUUUCUCUUUCUCUAUCAAUUGCUUGAAUUUGUUGAUCAAUAUUCACAGCAUUUGAUCGAUCAAAAGAGGGGUUUUAGCUUCAAUGGAUAAUAGUGAAAUGUUUAGCUCAUCGACGGUGCAACACACUUGGCACGACUUUCUAGACCGGAUGCGUCAACCUUCCGCUGCUGAAUUUGUCAAAGCCAUUAAAAGUUUCAUUGUCUCCUUCUCGAACAAUUCUCCAGAUCCAGAAAAGGAUAGUGCUGCAGUACAGCAAUUCUUUGCCAAAAUGGAAGCUGCCUUCAGGGCUCAUCCACUUUGGAGUGGUUGUUCAGAAGAGGAGCUUGAAAGUGCUGGUGAAGGACUGGAGAAAUAUGUCAUGACAAAAUUAUUUCCUCGUGUUUUUGCUUCAUUUCCUGACGAUGUAAAGAUUGAUGAGCAGCUUACUGAAAAGAUUGCUCUAGUUCAACAAUUCAUCCGGCCUGAAAAUUUGGAUAUCAAGCCACCCUUUCAAAAUGAGUCAUCAUGGCUGCUUGCACAAAAGGAGCUGCAAAAGAUUAAUAUGUACAAGGCACCUAGGGAAAAGCUUGCCUGUAUUCUUAACUGUUGCAAAGUCAUAACUAAUUUGUUGCACAAUGCUGCUGUCACUGCAAAUGAGGAUACCCCUGGAGCUGACGAAUUUCUUCCAGUUCUUAUUUAUGUCACUAUAAAGGCAAAUCCUCCCCAGCUGCAUUUGAAUUUGCAAUAUAUACAGCGUUAUAGGCGUGAGUCUCGAUUAGUUUCAGAAACAGCUUACUACUUCACAAACAUACUUUCAGCUGUGUCCUUCAUCUCAAACAUUGAUGCGCAAGCUCUUUCAAUGGAUGAAAAUGAAUUUGAAAGGAAUAUGGACUCUGCUCAAGCACUUCUAUCUGGGCUGACGACUGAUUUUCAGACUACAACGAAUACUGUUGACAAUACUUCCAGCUCAAAACCCCCCAUGGAAGAAUUUCAGCAAACUUUUUCUUCUAAUAGUGACUCCACAAAACAAUCACAAACACCCUUGGAUUCUUCUGCUUCAAAAUCUAGCCACCUCGAGGAUCCACCUAGUAAGGAUCAAUCACCAAUGACAAAAAAUAUGUCCAUCUCUGAUCUUGAGGAAAAAGGUGCAACUAUGAUUUUGAAAGAGGAUCGAAGUAUUGACAAUGUUUUUCAGGAGUUCCCAUAUGUAUUUGCUAGUGUUGGGGAUCUAACGUUGCGUGAUGUUGAAGAUUUACUUAGUAAUUAUAAACAACUUGUAUUCAAGUAUGUUUGCCUUGCCAAGGGAAAGGGCGUUGCACCAUCACUGUCAACCUCUUCAUUUUCACAAGCACUAGACCAGGGCCUUGUAGAAACUGGGGAAGGUUCUGAGCCCGGUAAAGAAAUAGAAACAGGUCCUGGGAAAGAAAUAGAAACUGAUGAACAUCAAGCUAGAAAACCUGAUAGUGCUGAUGAAAGCUCACACUCAGACAUGGUAAUUUCUGAAUCCAAGUCACCACAUGAGGAUGCUGAUGCUUCUCUGCAGGAAGAAGAAAGAAAUGAAGAUUUGGUUUCACCUAAAGAAGAUUCAGAAGACAAGGAGCAACAGGAGGAUUCUGCUGCACCACUAACCGAAGAACCACAAAAUGAUGUACAAUGAGAAUUCUUUGAUAUACUUGCAAAGUGUUGUCAGAUGUACAUUAAGAAGAGAAUUCUUAAUUUAAGACCAUUUUCUCCUAAAACUAUUUUGCCCGAAUGGUAAGUUAUCUCUCCUAUGACUCUCUUUAUUGUAUUUUGUUAAGGUCUGAGAGACUGAUAGUAUGUAAGGUACCAUGAAAUUUGUAACUAUACCUUAGGUUAUGCCAGAAGCUAAUUGUCCAAGACCUUUUUGAACUCCUAGCAACAUAACUUUCAUAACAUUAUACA